CCCCUUCCAGCCCCUCUUCUCAGCGUCUGGCCCCAAGCCGCCCUGCCCGACUCCCCGCCACCCCAUGGGCCCCCGUUCCCGGCCCGCCAGGCCGCGUUUGCUCUGAAGGUCCCGCUGAACCGCACAGGGCAGCGCGCCCGCCAUCCCCGGCGGCCCAGGCUGGGGCCAUGGCGCCGCUGGAGACUUGGGAAAGGGGGAGCCUCCGGCCUCGGUGACUUUCAGGUCCCGUUCGCAGCCUCCCGGCCCCCGGGGUUUGCCGUGUGGCGGCCCCGUGGCAAGCUUGUCCCCUCCCCCCCCCCGCCCAAAAUCCCCGCUCGCUGGGGGGGCUGUGCCCGGUGCGUGUUCACAGGGUUGCGGGCAGCUCCUGGGUCAGCGCUGGGGAAAGGCUCCUAGCGAAGCGCUCUGCGUGUCGGUACAGUCACGCCAAGGAAAAUCUCUCAUCAGAUACUUUUUCCACAUUUGGAUGUUGUAUAGCAAUCAAUUUCUUAGCUAUUAGUCCUCUUGCUGAUAUUGAAGAUUACCUCUAGUAAGUUGGGUGGGCCAGGGCUCUUUCUAGUAUUUUCAACAUGUAAACAUUUUAUGCAUUUUGGGGAGAAGUCCUCCAGAGUCUCCCCUAAAAAGCCCACUUCAGGGGUAAUCUCCAACAAAAGAUGGCAGGAUUUGGCUCUAGAAAUACCACUUCCUGUGUCAUGUCGACCACUUGACAGUGACUCAAAGUGCUGAUCGUCCCUCCUUAUGGGGUGAACUCCAUUACUCUUCUAUCCCAAGGAAUGAGGCUGAAGCAAAAUGAAUGAACAUCCUAAAAAGAGGAAAAGGAAGACUUUACAUCCUUCACGUUACUCAGAUUCUUCAGGUGUAAGCAAAUAUAUAGACAACAAUGGAAUAUUUUCUGACCACUGCUAUAGUGUCUGUUCUAUGAAACAGCCAGACAUAAAAAUUUCUGAAAACAGAGGUAGAUUCCAUGCUCCUGCACAGACCCUAGAUACUGAUGAUGAUGGCAGCCCAGUGCAUGCCGGGACAUCUCAUUGGAGUGGGGCACAGUCGAAUGUCAUGGGGUUGCACUUUACAGACCCAAAAAAGAAAGAGAAAAGUGCUAAUAAUGGAAUUUAUAAAGACAUGUGCGAGUCUCCUAUAUUCGGUGACAGUCCAACUGAAGAGGAAAAACCCAUAGAUAUUCAAACCAUAGAAAUUUCGACUACAGAAGUUAAUGCUGUAGAAGUUCAUGAUAUAGAGACGCAAACUGUUUCACCUGAAAAGCUAGAAGUCGAAGACAUUGAAGAAAUGCCUGUUGAAAGCUGUAAACUUUUUGAGAAGAACCAGGCUUUGAAUAUCACUGCUCAGCAGAAGUGGCCUUUGCUGAGAGCCAACAGUAGUGGCCUAUACAAGUGUGAGCUGUGCGAGUUUAAUAGCAAGUACUUCUCUGAUUUAAAGCAGCAUAUGAUCCUGAAGCAUAAGACAUGUACAGAUACCAAUGUCUGCAGAGUAUGUAAAGAGAGUUUCUCCAGCAAAGUUCUGCUGAUUGAACAUGUAAAAAUACACGAGGAAGAUCCCUACAUCUGUAAAUACUGUGACUACAAAACAGUGAUAUUUGAGAACCUCAGUCAGCAUAUAGCAGAUACUCAUUUCAAUGACCAUCUUUAUUGGUGUGAGCAGUGUGACGUGCAGUUCUCUUCGAGCAGCGAGCUGUACCUACACUUCCAGGAACACAGCUGUGAUGAACAGUAUCUGUGUCAGUUUUGUGAGCAUGAGACCAAUGAUCCAGAAGACUUGCAUAGCCAUGUGGUGAAUGAGCAUGCAUGUAGAUUAAUAGAAUUAAGUGAUAGCUAUAGCAACAAGGAGCGUGGACAGUACAGCCUCGUAAACAAAAUUAGUUUUGACAAAUGCAAAAACUUCUUUGUAUGCCAAGUGUGUGGCUUUAGGAGUAGGCUGCAUACGAAUGUCAACAGACAUGUAGCUAUUGAACACACCAAAAUAUUCCCCCAUGUUUGUGAUGACUGUGGGAAAGGCUUUUCAGGUAUGUUGGAAUAUUGCAAGCAUUUAAAUUCUCAUUUAUCUGAAGGGAUUUAUUUGUGUCAGUAUUGUGAAUAUUCAACAGGACAGAUUGAAGACCUUAAAACUCAUUUGGAUUUCAGGCAUUCAGCAGACUUGCCUCAUAAGUGUACCAAUUGUUUAAUGAGGUUUGGAAAUGAAAAAGAUCUUAUAAGUCACCUUCAGAUACAUGAGACAGCUUGAUGUUUUUUUCUUCUGUAGUCAAUUUAUUAGAAUUAAAAUGUGUUUUCCAAUGUGUCAUGGUAAUAUUAAAUACAGUUGUAAUAGGGAUUCUACAGUGGAUAAUUGUAAUGCCAGUUGACUGAUUUUUUUUUUUUAAUCAACAAAACAUGUUUAAUGACUGGUAUGUUUGUUUUUGGGUAUUUCCUGGCGUUAGAGGUUGGGUGGGCAGGGAACAAUUAUAUUUAAAAAUGAUUGUUCAGUCACAUGGCAGGAGUUCCAUGUUAGAGUAGCCAUUUUAAAGGUAAUUCCGUCUGCCAGCAUGUAGUGGUAUGUGUGUUUUGACAUGAAGAACAGGAAGGCAGUUCUUUCUGGAUAAGAAAAAUGGAAGAGAAAACAAAUUUCUUUUAAAUCUGUAGUUAAUUUACUGUUAUACUUUAGUAAACAGGGCUGUUUGUUCUCAACUGGAUUCCCCAACUCUCAUUAACCUCCUCAGCGGCUAAGUGAGUAUACUCAUCCUCAGUCAAGUUCACUGGGCUACUGAAGACAUGGGUGCUUGCAGAGAGGCCACUUUUUAGAGCAUACAUCUAGCCCUUCCCUUAACAAGCCUCCUACCAUAUAUUCCUCCUGCUACACUGACAAGCCCUCUCACUUCCUCCACCUCUCUUGGCCAGUGUUCUUGCCCUAGCCCCACAUUCACACUGUGCUGUCCUUUCUCAGUCAACUGUUUGGUCCCAGCCUGCUUUUAGCUGUGGAACUGACCCACAGCUAGCCCUUUCCCUGACAAGUGUCACAUUUUCCCCAUAACUGCCACAGAUCUCCCACUUUUUUCCUGUCUCUUUCCCAUCUAUCUGCCACUCUGCCAUCCCAUCUAUCUAUUACUUAUGAAGCACGCAGCUGACAAAUGUUGCCUAUCGAGAUUAUAUCACAUUCUAAGGGAUAGUGACAAAGGAAGCUGCUUAGGGAUCCACCUAAGCAUAUACCCAAAGGAGUGAUUUGUUUGGAGGUACUGUGGCGCUAAUUAAGCUCCUAUUAAAAUGGGGUAUGCCAUUGAUUUCAGUUACAGCAAGACAGAACCAUAGAUUUAUAGUUAGCUUUACACUGCUGAUAGGGUUGAGGGAAUGUACUCUAAUUCCAGAAAUUCUAAAAUUCCCCUCCCAUGUGUCUAUCAAAAUCUUUAUUAUGGUACUUUAUAAAUACAGUCAUUUUGAAAACUUCACAAACCUACACUGCCAUCCUCAUGUUAUCUUCCUUAUAAAUUCAUUCCGUUUCUUUAAGUCCCUAGUCAUAUUUCUGACCUGAACAAUAUUUAGACGUAGCAUGAGAGGAGAGAGAGCUUAGACUGUGAAAGCUAUAAGGAUAAAAGAGCCAGCAACUAAGUGGUUGACUUUACGUUUCUGUCUGUAUUGAUUGUAAAUUUGUAACGUAAGGAAUUGUCCAAUGUAAGUUUGUAUAAAUACAGUCCAUGUGUAAAAAAUGUCUUUGCAGUGGUAAGAAUGAGAUCCUUGUUACUAGUUCUGCACAAAGUUGUGCAAGAUUUACGUGCUGAAUUCAUACAGUUAAAAGAUCAAAAUUGGCCCUCUUCAACCUACGGAACUUAUUUCUGGAAUGACAUGUAUUUGAGACAAAUAUUUCUAGAAGUUUUUCUUUAACUAGGUAUCAUUCCUAAAAAACAAACACCAGCUAGCUAUUCAGAAGGUAUAUUUGCAUGUAUUUAGACACUGAAUACCUUAAAUUUGCAUUCAAAUUUUGUUAAAAUAAUAUUGAUUUCUAUUAUACAUUUAUGAUUGGAUACUCUGGAAAAAACGUACUCCAUAAUAAAUUUCCCCUUAUAUACAAUUGUUUCAACUAUAAAUUACAAAAUAUGCUUGAGAAUGCAACUUCUUUUCAGAUAUCCUGUUAGUGGCAGGGAGCUGGCAUACCUAGAAGGAAAGUGCUUGGUAACUUGAGUAGAGAUAGACAUUAGUAAAUAGUCAGGGUGUCCAUGUAGUUUAUAACAUUGGCUUUGUCUGUGAUCACAGAUCUUUAUUUUUUGUAUCAAAUUCUUUAACAGGUUUUAAAUCAGGGUACACUGGGGUUUUUGGGUGUUUUUUUAUUUAUUUUAAAAUCAGGUGCCUAACUUGCCCCUACAAUCUCUCUGUUAAGAAUAAAUUGGACCUGUGCUGA